AGACCAUCUGAUCUUAGACCCUAACUCCUAGCAGCAUGUCAUUCCAAAUCUCAGCAGCUCAAUCCAAACCGAAACGAAGCCGUCCAACAACAGACUAUGUUCCAAGCCCUUGGGGAGACCGCUUCAUUAACUAUGAUUCCGAAGACACUAUUACCAAUGCACGUAGAGAGAAAGAAAUUGGAGAACUUAAAGAAGUGGUGAGAAUGGAUUUCUUAGCAGCGGCUACAGGUCAUGAUAUUUCUGCAAAACUAAAGUUGAUCGAAGCAGUUGAGCGCCUAGGUCUGGCUUACCACUUUGAAACAGAGAUAGAAGAAGCACUGGAGCGCAUAUAUGCUACUACCGGCUAUAAGUCUCAUGAGGAUGGUGAUCUUCACAAUGUCACCCUGCGAUUUCGGUUGCUUAGACAACAUGGAUACAAUGUCUCAACUGAAAUGUUUAACAAGUUCAGAGAUGACAAAGGCAACUUCAAGGAAAGCUUGAUUACUGACAUACAGGGCUUGAUAAGUUUGUACGAAGCCGCACAUCUUGCAGUCCAUGGGGAAGAUAUAUUAGAUGAAGCUCUGGCUUUCACUACUGCUCAUCUUAAUGCAAUGGUAAACAACCCUAACUUGGCAGCAGAAGUAACUCAUGUUUUGAAGCAACUACCAUAUAAGGGCAUACCAAGGCUAGAGGCCAAGAAAUACAUCUCCAUCUACCAGGAUAUGGCCUCCCAUAACCCAGCUCUCUUAAAGCUUGCAAAGUUGGAUUUCAAUCUAGUGCAGUCAUUGCACAAAAAGGAGCUUAGUAUUGUUGCCAGGUGGUGGAAAGAUUUAGGGUUUGCCACAAAGCUUACAUUUGCAAGAGACAGACUUGUGGAGUGCUAUUUUUGGUCUGUGGCAACUUAUUUCGAACCCCAAUACUUGCUUGCCAGAAGAAUUGUAACAAAAGUCAUUGCCAUCACUGUUAUCAUCGAUGAUAUCUAUGAUGCAUACGGCACCAUUGACGAACUCACUCUCUUCACUGAAGCAAUUCAAAGGUGGGAUAUCAACUGCAUGAAUCAGCUUCCAGAAAAACUGCAACUCUGUUACAAGGCACUUAUCGAGUUUUUUGAAGAAAUUGAAGAUGAAAUGGCAAAGGAAGGAAGAUCAUACCGAGUUCAUUAUGCAAAAGAGACGAUGAAAGCUCUAUGCCGAGGUUACUUAAAAGAAGCUCAAUGUUUCCAUGAAGACUACAUCCCAAGUGUGGAGGAGCAUAUGGAACUUGCACUUGUAACCUGCACCUAUCCAAUGCUUCUAACUCUAGCUUUAGUUGGCAUGGGCGGCAAUGUAACAAAGGAGACCUUUGAGUGGAUGUCCCAGGGGCCUAAGAUUCUUACAGCUUCAGCAACCAUUUCGAGGUGCAUGGACGACAUUGUUGGACACAAGUUCGAACAAGAGAGGGGGCACGCAGCGUCAGGCGUUGAAUGCUACAUGAAACAGUAUGGUGUGUCGGAAAAAGAAGCAUGUGAUGUGCUUCAAAAGAGAGUCGAUAGUGCCUGGAAGGAUAUAAACUCAGAGAUGCUGAAACCAACAGAAAUGCCAAUUCCAAUCCUUCUACCGAUUCUGAACUUUGCACGAGUCAUGGAUGUCCUCUACAAGGUGGAAGACAGCUUCACGCAUGUCGCACAACCAGUAAAAGAUGGCAUUUCUUCAUUACUGAUAGACCCCGUUCAGAUAUGAUCAAGGAGUUUAAGACUCAAUUUGGGAGAGCUGUGCUUAAUUUAAAAGUAGUUGUAGAUGUAGUUGCAUUGUGAGAAUAAUUAGCUAUGAAAUUAAGUACUUGAAUGUUUGAUGAAUUGUGUUUUUAAAAAUGCUGUGAGUGCAAAAGUAAUGUUUAAAUGUUUGAUAAACUCUUUUAUAAGU